UAAUCAAGUGUACGCAACCUCACACAAAGAAAAUCUCAACAUCCAAUCAUAUCCAUCCACAUCAAAAUUAUCUCACACGUGGACGGUCACCAUCCCUCACAUUAUAUUCGAAGAUUGUUUUGGUCUCCAUACAAAUACAAAGAGAUAGCGACGGGGCUGCUAGAGAACUAACCAGAGGAUGAAGAAACGAAGAGCGGCGAGGAAAUCUCCAACGAUGGUGGAGGUCACCGAUUGUACAGGUUUAGAUUCCGGGGAAGAGACGAGAAUCGUGAGGAGGUUGAUGAAGUUCGAAGACUUGCCUGAGUAUUUGAAGGACAACGAGUUUAUACACAACCAUUAUCGUUGCCAAUGGUCUCUCAAAGAUACGUUCCUCAGUGCUUUCUCUUGGCACAACGAGACUCUCAACAUCUGGACGCACUUAAUUGGAUUUGCGAUAUUUUUGUGGAUGACGGUGGUGAGUUGCUUGGUGACGACGGAGCUUAGCCUCGCCGGAGUUUUCAACGGCAUGUCCGGAGCGAGGAUUUGCCUCUCAAGCAAUCAGACUCUGCUUCUUCACCAGGAUUCGAACGUGACACAACACAUAUCAGGUCUUAAAACUCAAGGAGAACCUAUUCCAAAAUGGCCAUGGCUCGUGUACUUAGCCGGAUCAAUGGGUUGCUUAAUCUGCAGCUCUGUUUCACACCUCCUCGCUUGCCACUCAAAACGUUUCAACCUCUUCUUUUGGCGUUUGGACUACGCAGGAAUCUCACUUAUGAUCGUCGCUUCUUUCUUUGCACCAAUCUACUACGCUUUCUCCUGCCACCAUAACUUCCGUUUACUCUACUUGUCCUCGAUCUCAGUCCUCGGUCUCCUCGCUAUCAUUACUCUCCUCUCUCCAGCUCUCUCAUCGCCGCGUUUCAGAGCUUUCAGAGCAAAUCUUUUCCUAGCAAUGGGAUCAUCUGCCGUGAUACCUGCUGCUCAUGUGCUUUGCCUUUACUGGGAUCACCCUAACGUGUUCGUCGCCCUAGGUUACGAGAUUGCUACGGGCUUGUCGUAUGCUUUGGGAGCAGCGUUUUAUGUUAGCCGUGUGCCUGAGAGAUGGAAGCCUGGAGCGUUUGAUAUGGCAGGACAUAGCCAUCAGAUAUUCCAUGUGUUUGUAGUUUUUGGUGCUCUUGCUCAUUGUGUGACCACUCUUUUCAUCAUUGAUUUUGUACGGGCUUCCCCUUCUUGUGAGGUUUAGCCUAACGAUAUUGUUAGUAAGCCUCUGUGAUCUUACAUUACAUUCCCAUGUAUGCGAUCUAAUAGCUGGUUUGCAUUGAACUGUCUAUGGCUAUUUUGAGACUUAAUUCAUCAUUUAAAUCUCA